AUGGCGUUCGAUAUUGCCAUAUUCCUCGUCCCGAUCACGGAAUACUUUAGGAAAGAUCUCAGACGGAAACAGGUGCUUGCCAUGACUGGAUUGUUCGCCCUCGGUUCGAUUGUCGUACUCAUGGCUAUCCUUCGCCUUUGGAGCACUUUCAAGAACAGUCAAAGCAUGACCCAAAGUUUCGAUUUCACAUGGUGGUACCCCGAAGUCCUCAUCAUCUCCUGCCUCGAAAUCGACUUCGCGAUAAUGUGUGCGUCCAUGCCCAUAUUCUGGCCCACCGUCAUGGCUUCCUGGACCCAAAUCUUUGUCACCAAUGAGGUCCGCGUUACGCACCACGAACGUCUUCCCGACGAUAGUCGCGAUAACUUCGAGUUGGUCAGGAACACGUCGUUGAAGAGCACAGGGAGUGCGGAAGAAUUGGCAAGGGUUACGAGCGAAGAGCAGGACACAGUGUAUGGCGGAUUUGACCCAGAGACGGGCAAGGAUGGCAGAUUUGCUGCUAUGCGAGUAGAGGUACAACCGCAGGCACAGAGGACGCGGAGACUAUGA